GGUACGACCGUAUAACUCGGUGAAAAUCGGGCGGGAAAUCACGCCAACUCGUGGAAAUUCGUCGUGAAAAACGUGGAAAACGAGCGUGCUUUAUGGCCGUGUAGAAAAUGUGAUGAUUCUGGUGAUAAAAUCUAGUAGAUUACGUUAAGAGUGGUGGUAGUUCCAAUAAAUGUGUAUGUUUUCAAAAUAAUGACGUGCGUGUAAGAAUGCGGGAAUCUAUUUUUAUUCUUGGACGGUGAGAACGGCGUUGAAUUUAUGUUGAAAAAAGAUAACAAGCAACUGUAUAGUGCGAAAAACAUAUUAAAAUUUACUAAUAGACUUUUAAAAAAUACACUGAAAGAUAUAUAACUAAAAGGUGCAUUUUUUUCUACACGGAGAAAACUAAAUGAACUAGAAUGACUCCAAGAUUGUAUUCAAUACAUAACUAAGUAGUGCAAAGUGAAAAUAAUAGACUUAAAGUGAUUUAUAAAAGAAACUAUACAGAAAAGAAUGUAAAAAAAGUGAGACAAAGUUUUCUAAAACUAAACUAAAUGAACUGCAACGCGUCAAAGAUGUUCGCCAAUUGUAAACUUCGACCAAGAGCAAGAAGUUUUUCUGGAUUACUGCCCAGGCCUCCAAGCGAUAUCCAGAAUCCGCCACUGGGUAAACCACCGCCCAAUCCUUCGCCGAAGAACAGAGACAGAAGACGACGUACAUCCGACGCCGACCCAUGUCCCAGCAUAGCAGCUCUGAGACAAGGCAGUGUUGCCAUCAGUUCAGACCAGUUGGCGCCGUGCGAUAGGCUGCUGAGCGUUAACGGGAUCACUACAGCGCGCAUGCGCCACGACGACGUUGCCAGCUUGCUGGACAACAUCGACGGCAACGCCGUGAUGGAAGUGGAAUACUCUCUACCCAGUUAUGCGUCCCAAAACUCCCUCUGCGUCACUUCCAAGGUGACCGAUGUAACUAUAGAACGGGUGGACGGGUCCCUGGGGAUCACCCUGAGGGGUGGCUACGUUCCCGAGCAUCCCCACUUAAGCCGGCCCUUGAUCAUCACCCACGUCAGGCCUCACGGGCCCGCUUACAGAAGUGGACUAAUAAGAGUUGGUGACAGACUGUUGAAAGUAGAUCGUCACUCGCUCAUCAACAAAACCUUACUGGAGGCCCAACAAAUCUUGAGAGAAACCGCAGGUUGUAGCUCCCAUGGAUUGGCUCUGUCUACCCUAACCAUUGAGUAUGAUGUCAGCGUUAUGGAGUCAGUUAAAUAUGCCAGUGGGCCUCUAUUGGUUGAAAUUGACAGACAAGUAGAAGAAGAUUUUGGUCUACUACUAACGAACUGCAGUUCACUAUUGGACGCCCAGUCAUCUCAAGAUGAUAUCUUAGCAGUUGGUUUCUACGUAGAUCGAAUAGUACCUGCCAGUACCGCUGACAGAUGUGGAGCACUGUCAAUAGGGGAUCAAAUUUUGGCCAUUGACGAAAUACCUUUGGACUCUUGGAACGGUAGUCCCGGUGAUGCAGAGAAACUACUUCGCAGAGCUACCAAACUACAAGUACUACCCUACAAUGCUAUCCAAAAAGCUCAGAGUCGCAGCCAAUUUGGAGGACAAUUUUCGGGAAGCAGCUCGAGCGUGGCAGGAUUCAGCACGUUAAAUAGCAGGAGGUCCAGGCUAAACCGGACUAAUCGCAGCAACAGACAAAGCACAGUGAACAAGUCUUUUGACAGCGACUGCAGUAGUAACUAUUGUGGUUGUCCAGGUUCUGCUGGGGUGUCUCAUCCGGAAACGCUGACAGUUACACUGACAUCCGACAGAGGGCUGGGAUAUGGACUGACAGUUUCUGUAGGUGAUCACACGGAUAAUCGAUCAGCUGAUAUACUGAUUACCAGGAUAGCUACAGAUUCACCAGCUUACAGGUGUGGAUGCCUUCAGGUUGGCGACAGGAUCGUGUCCAUCAAUCACCAGACGAAUCUAACCCUACAAGAGAUCACCUCCAUUCUAGAAAUGGGUGCAGACGCGACGGGUGGCAGAACGGUGACGUUAAUCUCAGAAUUUGACGUCACGGACACUAUAGUGCCGUCUAGUGGCGUUUUCACCGUUAGAUUAGCCAAGAGGGGACCUGGACUUGGUAUCACUAUCACAGCAUCGAAAAGCCAACCAGAAGAACCAUUCAUCAUUUCGGAGAUAAGGAGGGGAUCGAUAGCCCACAGGACGGGUACUUUACAUGCCGGAGAUAGGUUGUUAGCCAUAGACAAUAGACCAUUAGAUCAUUUAAGUUUGGAGUCCGCUUUUGAGAUUCUGCAAACGUCGUCCAAUGACAUUGUUACGCUCAAGGUCGAGAAAACUGAAACAGAAAACGCCAACUUGUUUUUGGAUAGUGUUGUGUAUACAGUGGAGCUUCACAGAUAUGGCGGUCCUUUAGGUAUAACAAUAUCAGGUAGUGAAGACUGUGGGGAUCCCAUAGUUUUGUCCAGGUUAACUGAAGGUGGUUUGGCUGAAAAAACUGGCGCUCUUCACAUGGGCGACAGGAUUCUGGCAAUUAACGGUGAAAAUCUGGAUCGCAGACCACUAUCAGACGCAAUCAGGUUGCUUCAGACAUCUGGAGACAGAGUCCAGUUGAAAAUAGCAAGGAACCUCAAAAAUGACUCUGCACUAAUGGAAGAGCCCAGAUGCAGCUAUUCCAGCCCGGGAUUGAUGAGUGUGGACAGUGCCAUCCACAGCUGGGACAGCAGCAAUACCGGCGACCCACAAAACGAAAACACAUCAGAAUUAAAAGACAUCGAAAGUGUUUUGAGUGAACCUCUAUCCUAUCAAGACCACAUACACGAUCAAGACAAGGAUCUGACACUGACGAAAAACAGAAAAAGGAACUCAGAACUUCAAUACUACUCAGACACAGAGGAAAUGUUCUGUCCAAGUCCACUACCUUUACCCAACUACAAUUUCGGAAACACCAUGAAUCACUUCAACCAUUCAUUAAACACUAUCGAGAGACUCCCUGGUUCGUACAGUACAGAGAACAUGCUGGAGAAGGAAAUAUACCACGUGACUUUAUACAAGGACUCGAUAUACGACGACUAUGGAUUCAGUGUAAGUGACGGCCUCUACGUCAAAGGCGUCUACAUCAACCGAAUUAGGAAAGGAGGUCCGGCAGACAUAGUGGGCUUGUUAAGGCCCUACGACAGAAUAAUCCAGGUUAAUGAUACAAAAACAGUGGAUUUCGACUGCUGUCUUACGGUGCCACUCAUAGCGUCUGCUGGAGAUAGAUUGGAACUUGUAGUUGCUAGAAACCCUUACUUAACUAACAUGUCAGAAAAAGAUGCAAACAGUGUAACAAAGCUCUCGUACUCGUCGAGCCAAAACACCAUCACGAAAACGUUAUAAGCCCGCUUCAUCUAAAUAAAAUAAGAAAAUAAAUAAAUAAAAUAAAAAUAAUUCCAGAAAUAUAUAAUAAAAAAUAUUUAUUUUUUAUCUUUAGUUAACAUUAUAAUAUCCAAAUAUUUACAAUUUAAUAAAUAUUAUUACUAUUGAAGAGAAUCUGUUGAAUAAAGUUUGAGAUUAUUACUAUUUGA